UGAAGUGGUUUUUGUGUUAUGACUACAGAUAAAGUAUCUAUAUCAAUAAUUACGUUUGUAAGACAUUGCUCGACGAAAAGAGUUGAUAACAAAAGUGAAUUCUUACGUUAAAUACUUGACAAUUUUGUUUGACUGUUUUAGUAUCAAUUUUGAUAUGCGAUGUUUCGCAUAAUAAACUGUCGUUGCAUCGAAUUUCAUAUAUUUAAAUUGAAUUAGAUACUCGUGUUCGCCGGUCUGUUUCGAAUUGUAUCAGUGUGUAUCAGUAUCAGUAAAAAAUGAACUAACGGAAAGAUUCGUCUUCGGUCAUAUUAAUGACGAUAAGACCGAUGAGAGACACUUAAGUGAAAGAGAAAUGACCUAAAAAUUGUUGUGAUAAAUCAUUCGUUUAAAUCCGAAUUUUAAUAAAACCACUUGAAACUAAUACAUAUACCGAAAAUGUUAUCAUCAUUUGCUGCUAUUGCACCACAUCUACGACAUAAACUCCGAAAAAUCUCAAUCGAUAAUUUAGCAUUUAAGUUCCACUAUAGGGCUACGUUUAUCAUUCUCUUAGUUUGUACAAUACUUGUCACGUCUAGACAAUACAUUGGGGAACAUAUUAGAUGUAUUACAGGUGGUACAAUACCUGAACAUGUUAUAAACACAUUUUGCUUCUUCACAACAACAUUCACAGUGAUUCGUCAUUUAAACGAAUCACAGCUGCAGAGUGGACUGUUACCCCAUCCGGGUAUUGGACCGUUAAAAGAAGACGAUCCGAUUCGUCAUCAUGCGUAUUACCAAUGGGUACCGUUCAUUUUAUUCGCUCAAGCAAUGAUGUUUUACUUGCCACAUAAUUUGUGGAGAUCUUGGGAAGGUGGAAAAAUCAAAGCCCUAGUCGAUGGUCUACAAAUGAUCAGUCUUUCCCGGCACGUGAAAACGGAAGAGGAUCUAAAAAUCAGCAAAACCUACACACUACCAUCACAACAUACGGUCGACGGCCGAGUUCGACGAAUCAAGGCGGCAUUCCUUCAGCACAUUCGAGUCAAUCGUUUUUGGGCUUCACGACUAAUCAUCUGUGAACAUCUUAAUCUGCUGAAUUUGAUCAUUCAAGUGGCAUUCACCAAUCGCUUUUUGGGCGGACAAUUCUAUUCACUUGGCGUCGACUUUAUACGCGACGAUUUCGAUGGCAUUAUGGAUUCACUGGAUGUGGUGUUUCCGAAAGUCACCAAAUGCCAUUUCUUUAAGUACGGUGCAUCGGGGACCAUACAAAAACUGGAUGCACUGUGUGUGAUGGCAUUGAAUGUGAUGAAUGAGAAAAUAUUCAUUUUUCUAUGGUUUUGGUACAUCGUUUUGGCGUUUGUAUCGUGCAUGGCUUUGAUGUGGCGUAUAGCGACAAUGAUUUUGCAUGCAAGAUCGACCCGUUUCAACGGUUUUGUCUUUUCAAUGGCAUGUCCAGGUCGAUUAAAUCCAUGGGAUAUGUUGACGGUGACACAGCAUUCAUCGUUUUCGGACUGGUUGUUUUUGUACUAUUUGGCGAAAAAUAUGGAACCGUACCUGUUUCGGGACAUGUUAAUCGACCUUGCUAACGAGUUGCGGCAAAGUGAUGCAUCCGAUAAUGAAUUGCAAAGUGUGAAUGCCGAUGACGAAGUUGCAGAUAGCGACGAUGACGAGGAAGAUUAUGUGCGUCGGUAUCGCAAUGAUAAGGUCACUGCAAAUGAAAAUGAUAAAAAUGACGAAGUUGAUAAGAUGUUGCUGUCUAAUGAAAAGAAAUAAAUGAGCGAAGGGAAUGGUGA